GAAAUGCAGGGAGCAAACCUCACGGUUUGGAGCUUUUUUUCCCUGGAGGGUUUCUCUAGGUACCCAAAGUUAGAGAUUGUUCUCUUCGUCUUCAGCCUUGUAAUGUAUCUGAUAACCCUCCUGGGAAAUAGCACUCUUAUCUUAAUCACUAUCCUAGAUUCAUGCCUUCAAACCCCCAUGUACUUUUUCCUUGGAAAUCUCGCUUUCAUGGAUAUUUGCUACACAUCUGCUUCUAUUCCCACUUUGCUGGUGAACCUGCUGUCAUCCCAGAAAACCAUUGUCUUUUCUGGGUGUGCCGUACAGAUGUAUCUGUCCCUUGCCAUGGGCUCCACGGAGUGUGUGCUCCUGGCUGUGAUGGCCUACGACCGUUACGUGGCCAUCUGCAACCCGCUGAGGUAUCCCGUCGUCAUGAACAGGCAGGUCUGUGUGCAGAUGGCCGCUGUCUCCUGGGUGACAGGCUGCCUGACCGCCCUGCUGGAAACCACUUUUGCUCUGCGGAUGCCCCUGUGCGGGAAUCGCAUCAAUCACUUCACGUGUGAAAUCCUGGCGGUGCUGAGGUUGGCCUGCAGGAGCUCCCUGCUCAUGGACGUGGUCAUGCUGGUGGUCAGCGUGCUCCUGCUGCCCCUUCCGAUGUUGUUAAUUUGCAUCUCUUACGUCUUCAUCCUGUCCACUAUUUUGGGGAUCAGCUCAGCAGAGGGCAGAAACAAAGCCUUUUCUACCUGUGGUGCCCACCUGACUGUGGUGAUCUUGUAUUACGGGGCUGCCCUCUCCAUGUACCUGAGGCCUUCUUCGUCAAGCUCGCAAGAAAUUGAUAAAAUCAUCUCUUUGCUCUAUGGUGUGCUUACCCCUAUGUUGAACCCCAUAAUUUACAGUUUAAGAAACAAGGAGGUCAAAGAUGCUUUGAAAAAACUGCAGGGCAGAAUAUCAUUGCAUCAAACACAUGCAAGUCUCUGA